GUACAUCUUGCCCUUCAGUACCACUUAAAAAAGUCCGUCUCAGUUCCAACGACUCUGCCCUGUGUUUUGUUUUUGUCCAAACUGUCAUGGAAUUGCUCAAGCUCCUCCACAUUUGUACAUUUCUUUCCCUGGCAGUUGUGGCAAGCCAUGCAGAUCUUGAUAUUUAUUGGAAAUCCAAGCUGCCAAACACUCCUAUGCCAAAGGCAGUUAGGGACAUUCUACACAGUGAAUGGUUAGAAGACAAGAGCACUUCAGUUGCAGUAGGAAAGGGAGGAGUAAACGUCAAUACUGGGAAAGGAAAGCCCGCUGGCAGCGGCACCCAUGUUGGUGUUGGUCACCAAGGCGUCGGAGUAACAGCCGGAAAGCCCCAAACCAACGUCGGCGUCGGAAAGGGAGGCGUUAUCGUUCACACCGGCCACAAGGGUCGUCCAGUAUAUGUUGGAGUAACACCAAGUCGCAACCCAUUCAUCUACGUGUAUGCAGCCACCGAGGAUCAACUCCAUGAUAAUCCAAAUGUAGCCCUUUUCUUCUUGAAAAAGGAUCUCCACCGCGGGACAAGCAUGAAUUUGCAGUUUGUCAAAUCAUCAAAUCCCGCAACUUUCUUGCCUCGCAAGGUUGCCGAUUCCAUACCUUUCUCAUCCAAAUCCAUACCCGAAAUUUUCGACAAAUUCUCAGUGAAGCCGGAAUCUGUCGAAGCUGAGACGAUUAAGAAUACGAUAAAGGAGUGCGAGGAGCCAGGAAUCAAAGGGGAGGACAAAUACUGUGCAACUUCCCUCGAGUCCAUGGUCGAUUUCAGCACGUCCAAGUUAGGAAAUAAUGUUCAGGCAGUUUCCACAGAAGCAAAAGAGGACACCAAAGCCCAGAAAUAUGGUAUUGUGGGUGUCAAGAAGUUAAACAAUAACAAGGCUGUGGUUUGCCACAAGCAAAACUAUGCCUACGCAGUUUUUUACUGCCAUUCCACGCAGGCCACCGAAGCAUAUGAGGUUACUUUGGUUGGAGCGGAUGGAAAGAAAGCUAAAGCUGUGGCUGUUUGCCACGAAGAUACAGCAAAAUGGAACCCAAAGCAUUUGGCUUUCCAGGUGCUAAAGGUGAAGCCAGGAACCGUUCCAAUAUGCCAUUUCCUUCCUGAGGACCAUGUUGUUUGGGUUCCCAAGAACUGAAUUUGUGAAGAAAAUCCUUGAGAUCCCUCCUUUACUUUAGUCUUAUCCAUUUCGAGUUGUCUUUAAUUUAUGUUCCGUUCCAUCGUAGUUUCAGCUAGCUUGGAGUUUGUAGCUCUGCUCAUAGAGACGAGAUGAGUGCUAAAACCCUGAAAUACUUGUGUACUUCUGCAGCUUUGUCCUUAAAAUUAUCUGUAUGAAUUAUGGUUUCCAGAGUAUACCUACACCAGAUGUGAAUCAGAUACUAAUCAUAUUAUUGCA